CUUCUUUCCCUCACUUCAUCGACGGACCGUGGUGGGAGACCCCACGAGAACAGACCGAUGGCGGAUCUUCAGGGUCCAGAGACCUACGGUUUCCCGCACCCGCCUUACCCAUCACAGCUGGACUUCAUGGCGAAAGUCUACGAGACCCUGGAGAUGGGUGGCGUCGCCGUUCUGGAGAGCCCGACGGGCACCGGCAAGACCUUGUCACUGUUGUGCCCCAGCUUGUCAUGGCUUCGUCAGCAAGAGCUGUCGAUCAUGGCCUCGAAGCUCGCGCCGGAGGAGGACGCUGAUGGCUGGGCUGAGCCCUUGCGUGCACAGGCCCGCGCCAGUGCGGAGUAUGUGUGGAAACGCCGUCGCGAACGCCGCGAGUUGCGGCAGAGGAGGGCGCGGCAGUCCAUGGCCUUGACGGCCAGUGGUGCGGCCACUGUCCCGCGCCCCAUGAAGCAGCGGCGGACGGCUGACGUGGAGCAGUCUUCCAGGGAUGAGGCUGAGGAAGGGGACUUGUCCUUGGAGGCCCCGUUGCAGCUGGAGACGGUCAAAGUGCCUGAGAAGGCACAGGAGGACCUUUUUGCUGAGAAGCUUCAGAUCAUCUUCUGCAGUCGCACGCAUUCGCAACUGGCACAGGUCCUGCGUGAGAUCCGGGGAAUUCCAUCCUCGGCCGUGCCUGAAAACCUGGCAGUGGUGACCCUCGGCUCCCGGCAGAGCUUGUGCAUCCACUCUGUGGUGCGCAGCCGCGCCAAGGGCGCGGGGCACUUCAAUGACCUGUGCCGCCCGGGGGCACAGCGCACAGCUGUGCCAGAGGAAGGCCUGGCCACGGAGGAAGGAGCGACGCGCAGCCUGCGCUGCGAGUGGAAGAAGUCCGCUGAGGUCAUGGCUGAUGCCUUCCUAUCCGAGAUGAUGGAUAUUGAGGGCAUGACCGAGCGAGGGCGGGCGCCCGUGGGAGGAGGAUGCCCAUACUAUGGAGGCCGUCGAGCCGUGCAGGAGGCGGAUGUCUUGUUGGUGCCCUACCAGUCACUGGUGAACAAGGAAACUCGGGAAAAGCUGAACCUGCGGACUGAGGGGAAUGUUCUCAUCUUCGACGAAGCUCACAACUUGUUGGAGGCCAUCGGCGAUGCGAAUUCAGUGUGCUUGCAGCUGCAACAGGCAAAGGCAGUGGUCGAGGACCUGGAGACCUAUGCCAGCUGCUACGAGGCCCGUUUGUCGCCCAUGAACUGUUUGCAGCUGCGGCAGCUUCGGCGGCUGGCGGUGCAGCUGCAUCACUUCCUGGGCGACUUGCAAAAGCCCAGCGCCUGGACGGUCGGCGGCUUCUUGGUGGCUCUGGGUGCCGAUCAUUUUGAUCUUUGCAGCUUGGCCAGCUUCCUGCACCGCACCGAGCUGCCACGGAAGGUGCGCCACUUUGCUGAGAAGCUCGCGGUGUCCAAGCAACGCAGCGAUCGCGUGGCAGUGAACCAGUCCUCGAUCUAUGUCUUUGCAGACUUACUAACAGCGCUUCAGUCCAGCAGCGCUGAGGACCGCAUCAUCUCUGAAGCACGCACUGUGGGCAGUGAUGCUUCGGUACGCUACCUCAGCUUAAACGCUGAGGCGCGCUUCAAGGAAGCUUUGAUGGGUGCCCGGGCCGUGCUCUUCGCUGGGGGAACCUUGGAGCCCAAGGAGCUGCAGGUCCUCUCGUCGAAACCCAUGGUGAACUUUGCGGGGCCACAUGUGGUGCCGUCAAGUCAUGUGUUUGCGCGUUACGUCACCCAUGGUCCCACUGGAGAAGUGCUCGAUUUCAGGAAAGACAACCGCAAUGAGAGGAUGGUGACGGAGCUCCGGGAGAUCCUGACCCAAAGCGCAGCGGCGACGGCUGGCGGCAUGGUGGUCUUCUUCCCAUCCUACGAAUACCUGGCCCAAGUAGUGCCCAGAUCCUCUUCGAUGAGACUUGCCGGCCGUGCCCUUUUCGUCGAGCGCGAACAGAAGCGAGGAUCUGAAGAUCCCAAUCUCCUCCAGCACUUUGCCGCUGCCGUUCGAGAGGAGGGCAUGGCCGUAUUGUUGGCCUUGAGUGGUGGCCGUCUCAGUGAAGGCAUCGAUUUCAAGGAUGAUCUUUGUCGCCUGGUGGCUGUCGUCGGGCUGCCCUACCCGAACGCGUCGGACCUGGCGAUGGUCGAAAAGAUGGGAUUCCUGGAUGCGCAACGUGCCAAGGGCCACCCAGGGCUCAGCGGACGCGAGUUCUACAGCUCCAAGUGCAUGAAGGCGGUGAACCAAUGCAUUGGCCGAAGUGUGCGACACGCGGCGGACUGGUCCGCGGUCCUGCUCCUGGACCACCGCUACGCGCGGCCGUGCAUCCACGAGCAGAUCUCACGUUGGUUGCGCCAGCUCGCCCUGGUGCGCACCUUCCCCGAGGCCAUGGGCGAACUGAAGAAGUUCUGCCAGGUGAGAAGGGGCGCUUGAGGCUGCGAGGCUCCGCGGAGCUUCGACGAAGACUUGCCACUGAAACCUGGAGCGAAGUGAAGCUGAAGCCAUCCACUUCCAUCCUUGAUUUCAGGGAGUGUGAAACACUGCAGGCUCCGGCUUCGAGUUCUUCUCCAGCGCUGCAUGAGAAGACCGAUCCAUCCUGCUUUGCGAGGAAAGUGGCGAAGCGUCUGAAUUCGGUGGGAGAAUGCGAUGCAUUCCCAGCUGGCUGUUUGCUUGUACAACCAAGUUCUUAGAAGGACAUCAGCAGCCUGUAAGUGAUGCGAUGGUUGAUGCUGCCCUGAAGUGUGGAACCCUGGUUGUCCUAGC